UUGUCAUCAGUAAUUCGACCUCUGGCUUCUCAGCUUCACCGCCAGCUCUUCAGACACACAGGGAGGAGUCAGCGGCUGACCCCAGUCCGCGGUUGUAAUCUGACGGCGUGCUCCAGCAGAUAUGUGCUGUCGCGAAGGUCAGCUGACUUUGGGCGAGAGGCUUGCUACACCCUGGCCAGCCAAUCACACUCGCAUUCCUACCUAUAUGGACAAUUAAGAGUCUCCAAUUAACCCAACAUGUACAGAGAUGCCCAAGGGGAGAUUCGAACCUAAAUCUGCACAAGUUAUUGUUACGUCACAAUUUCUCCACCAUCACAUGGUCUACAUUGACAGCCACCGACAGGCUGCAACAUUCAAAUGUCCUGUGCGCAAUGUUAAGCGCUCAGGAGGCGAACUAUGCAAACUGCUCUGAGUGGGAUAGCCAGUUUUUCACCACACCCAAUACAGUACCGGGAACUGGAUUUUCCUGUUAUAUAAAGCCAACCUUAAGCAUGUACUGUAUGCACACCCAUAUUGAAGACUUGUGAGUCAUGGAGAAAUCAUGCAUACUGCACCUCCCUUGAACGUGUUCCUUCUGGCUAAUGAUUGCUAAGAGUAUAGCAUAAAUGGUACAGCCUGGGUUUGUCAUUUACUGAAAGUGGUAUAAGGGCUUGUCACUGGGGUAGUGCCCUCAAGGAUGAACUGCUUUUAGUUUGGAGCCUAUUUGCACGUUCUUUGUUACAACUGUACAAGAGCUCAUAAUGGUCCAAAAGUGUUUUUUUUUCCCCCCAGCCUCAUGCAACGAGUGAUGUACAUUCUAUUUAUCUAUAAUUGAUUACACCUUUAGACAUUUUCUUGAACAUACAAUGGAACCUCGGUUAGCAUACAUCCUGGUUAGUGUGAGUUUUGGUUAACCUUGAACAUUUCUGCCAAAUUUUUGCCUCGUUGUUCGUGCAUUUCUCAGUUACUGUACAGCACGGCGCGCAUCUUGUUAUGUUAUUAAUACACUGCACGAGUCCAACUGUGUUCUCACAAAAAGGCCCUGUCAGCAGCCUUUUAGCUUGCCAAUAACAUGGGAUUGAAGUCAUGAAAGCUUAACAUGAAGGAAAGAUGACUACCAACAAUACACUUCCGGCCUUCACAAUGAAAGCGCUUCGCGUUACAUUCUGUCUGACUGCACCGAACAAAAGUCUGACAAAAAAGGAACAUCAUCAAAUUAAAACCAGAAAAUAAAUACAGAGUCACCAUUGGUACGAGCCUGGAGUUUGUUUCCCAGCGAAAAGAUUAUCACAUCGUUGUUUGAAGUGGGUGGCAGGCAGUGUGCUAGCAUGAAUUAACCUGACACUGAACAAAAUACGAACACUAACGCUCAACACAGACACAAAAACGUCAAAGCUCACCUUUAUGCAUUCACACACAGCGUCAGCAUUUGUGGCAGAAGUUAUGUGAAAUUCUCACCUUGACUCAGAGCACACAACUGUGGUGCGUUCAAGGACCGCUCAGUGAACCAUGAAACAAAAAAAACAUGCAAAAGCUAUGGGCUUUUAACAGUAUGUUAUUUUCCAAUAAAAUAACAGCCCUUAUUUCAAAAUGGAUAUGCAUUUACAUAUCAUUUGAUGUAGUGAUUUACAAAAACAUGUCUUUCAAUACUCCAAGCAAGAGUCUUGCCCAGUUAACUUUUAACUUCCAGUUUUUUAAAUGGACUGUCUGCAAUUGGUUCUCCGAAAAAUGUGAAUGUGCUGCAAGCAUUAUAUCUCGCCGUCCUCCUGCUUUGAGUACUUAAAGUACGCCGCGUGUAACACAUGCAUGCUGAGGAUAGCAAAGUUUAGCUACUCACGUUAGCUAUCAAUGACUGUAUAGCCUACUGCAACAACAUCAUGAGUGUUUCGUGACUAUUGGUAACAUAUGCCAGCUGGUGGCGCUGUUCGUAUAUUUUUUGGUUGACAAAAAAUGUGUCUUUUGCUGUGUUCUGGAGUUCAUACUGUUCCAACUAAGUUAGGAACAAUGUAUUCAGUGUUUGGGGUUUUUCAAUAAGGACGAUUCUGUGAUGCAGACAAGAACGGACUCCCACCAGACAACCACCAGCUGAAUGGGCAGGAAAGGCUUUGCAAGCAUUUAAUUUGCACCGUUGCAAUAACAGAAUUAGGCAGCCAACUACCACAGGAGUAGUCGAGAAAGGCUUAAGGAGAUGAAGGUCAUCUCCCAGUCAGACCUGUUCCCAGCGGAAACCAUAAGUCAUGUGCUGGAUAAUUGUGGAUGAGGACAAACUGUUGUUUCUGAAACCUUGGCAGUUACACUUGUAUGAUUGUCUCCUCUUUUGAUGCUUACUCUGUCAUGGUGAGGACAGUAAGACAUAUACUUCCUUCUGAGCUUUUUAACUUGUUUUCUAUGGAUUUCAACAGAUGAGGUACUCAGUAGAAAGCAGAGUUUCAUGUAAUUAGAAGUCAGGUCCUUUGACGGACUUUGGCCUCAGCAGGCUUUUCGACCAGCCAGAGGUCCUGGUCUGAUUCGCUCCCUGUGGAGGGGUGCUGGGGGAGUGCCAGGACAUUCCGUAGGUCACUUUCUGUACAGCCGGCCCACUUCUCUGUUGUUUAGUCAUUUCCUUUAAGGGUGAAAAGUAGGACUAGAAGGAAGUCGAAAUAGUCAGCCUCUACUUUCACAUUCAGGUCUUUCAGGCAGCUCAAGAGUGGUGUCUUAUCUUUGUCAGUGUCAUUUUUCAAAGUAGCAUACUUGGAUUUUUUAAAAAUUCAAAAUGGACUGUUUCACAAUGCAGGAAGCAGCUGAAUACAACAUGAAAAUGCACCCCAUGUGGCAAGGACCCCUUGCGGUUCCAGGAGGUGAUCGCCAGUCUCCGAUUGAUAUCGUUGUGCGCAAGAGUGUCUUUGAUGCUCAGCUGAAACCUUUGGUCACUGUCUAUGACCCAGCGACUUGCCAGCAAAUCUGGAACAAUGGUUACUCCUUCCUGGUUGAAUAUGAUGACACUACAGAUAGGUCCACACUGAAAGGGGGGCCCUUGCAAGACAAAUUUAGGCUGUGUCAGUUCCACUUCCACUGGGGUGAGUGCAAUGCUUGGGGGUCGGAGCACACCGUGGACAGGAGGUUAUUUCCUGCAGAGCUUCACCUGGUCCACUGGAACUCGGACAAGUACAGCCUGUUUGAGGAGGCAGUGAUGGAGGACAAUGGGCUCGCUGUUAUUGGAGUCUUUCUUAAGGUGGGGAAGAGACACGAUGGCCUACAGAAACUGGUAGAUGCUCUGCCUGCAAUCCGACACAAGGGCAGUGUGGUAGAGUUUACUAAAUUUGACGCUGGCUGUCUGUUACCCGCCAACACUGAUGAUUACUGGACAUACCAUGGCUCUCUUACAACCCCUCCCCUGACAGAGUCUGUCACCUGGAUCGUUAUGAAGCAGCACAUAGAAGUUAGCCACGACCAGCUGGCUGUCUUCAGGAGCCUUCUGUUCACCUCUGCUGAGGAGGAGAUCCAGAAGAGCAUGGUGAACAACUUCCGUGUGCAACAGCCUCUGCGGGGUCGCACCGUGCGCUCCUCAUUCAGUCCAUUCCUGAAGGAGGCGCCGUCUGACCAAGGCGACAGCACACCCACUGAUCCCACCAAACGCAGUACUUGUUUUAUCUCUCACACGAAAACAUAGUCUCUCAAACAUACAUAUUUUGCAGUACAAUUUCCUCUUUCGCUGACAAACAGUACUUGGAAGCAGUGGGUAAGCUUUUGUUUUAUGGUAGUUUUGAUAAAUGACAUUUACCUUUUCACUACUGGUUUUGACAAACUGAUCAUUUAAAGGGGUGGUUCCUGGUAAAUAGUUUUAAAGUUGUUUGUUCAGAGAAAAUGUAUUUAUUUUUAAGUUGCUUUGACAUUUAAUUCAGUUGACUUUGAAGCGUUUUUAUCAAUCCGCAGCUGACAGUGAACAAUGGAGCUGCUAGUGGAGACUCAACAGCACUAUGUGCUGGUCACAGUUGGUACUGCAGUGGCACUUACAGUAAACAGUACGUAUCAAGUUUUUUUUUUUUUUUUUUUUUUAGUUUUUAAAACAAUUUCUUUACUUGAUAGGCUUGAAGGCACUUAUUUUUUUCUCUAUUUUACUGUACAUAGUACAUUUGACCUUUUAUACUGACAGUCUUUGCUUUUGUGUUGUCUGUGACAAGCAUCCCUACACACGAGCUUUCAAGUACAGGUACAUACGAUUAACUAAUUGGAACACUCUCAUGCAUACAAUCAUGCCAGAUGUGUUGGUAUGUCAUACAUUGUGUGUACAUAUUCAUUUCGAGUAAGGUAACUGGAACAGUGCCUUCAAUUCUUUUUAACAUAGUUCCACAGUUGAAUCGAUUGCCCUUCUAUUGUGAGGUCAUUGGAAACAAAGUUUGGUCUCAUGAAGCGUUUUCCACACAAAGAGUUACAUCUUAUACGUCUACCUUAGCUGCACAGCCCGCCGUAGCCAAUGUGGCGCCCCGCAGCAUCAGCAAUUUACUGACGCUUACACAAGAAAUCGAAUAGUGUUUUUACUGUUUUAUGAGACAAUGUGUUAACCAGUUAAAAUGCUUAACAAAUUACAAAUACAAAAAAAAAUCUGAAAUACAAGUCCUGUAAAUAAGUCAGUAAUGGUCAUAAAUGAUGAAUCCAGUAGCCAACUUCAAACUGUUUAAAUGAUCACACAGUUUGCACACAACUCAAAUACAUGAGCUACAUUUACACUAUGCAAUAAGUAUAUACAAAACUAAAUAAUAUAUACAAAACCUAAUAUAAUGCAAAACUAUGCACAAAAAGACUUAUCAUUUGUAGUAAUAUUAAAUGUGCAAUGCUUUACGUUGUUCAAUGUGAGCUUAUCCAUUUUAAGAGUAAAUAGUAAUAACUAGUUUUAAUAUAAUUAUAUUGAAGCUUUUUUUUUUUUUAAAUUUUGUGGCACCCUGAGCGUUUGCCUUUACUGAACAGGGUUCCUACGCAAGUAUGGAACAGUAUGGAAUUUGAUUUAAUACAUUUCCAGGUCUGGAAACUCAAGUAUGGAAAAAAUAUUCAUGUUUACAAGACUGUUACCACUGUUCUGUUUUCUAAAAGAUAAAAUUAUGUUUAA